AAACGAUAGAUACGCCUACCCACUUCGAUGACAGUCUUGUUAUUGUAAUUGUGAAGCAAAAUCGUAAAUAUUAGCAAAUGAACCACUUCUACGCCCCUCGAACGUGUUGAGUUGCGAGGCAGACAAGCACCGCAGCGCAUUCAAGCCCCCCCGGUUCCAGUCCGCCGUCCAGGAGCUGCGAGGCCACCCAUAACCGCGUGCGAACUCGAGGAGAAGCGAUCGGUGCCAUGUCAGCUCAACUGGCCAGAAACUGGCCGUACAUCUGGCAACAGCUGAACGCCCUGCUGCACAACACCUCGCCGGUGAUCACCCUCAUCUGCGUGGUGACCACGUUCGGCUACCUGCUCUCCUUCUCGGAGACGGCCAUCCUGCUGCUCAGCGUCACGCCCGGAUACAUCCUGCCCAACGGCAAGUUCUGGAUAUGGACCGCAUUCACGUUCUGCUUCAUCGAGCUGCACUGGUGGGAGGUGGCCGUCGACGUGGUCACCGUGGGCCUAUGCGGCAAGAUGCUGGAGCCGCUCUGGGGUCAGCUGGAGAUGUUUAAGUUCUUCGCCCUGAGCAACUUUGGUGUCUCGCUGCUGACCACCGUCUACUACCUGUUCUACUACAUGGUCACCAAAAACCCAACCAUUCUCUUCGAGGUGCACAUCCACGGCCUGGCCGGAUACGUGGCCGGCAUCUGCGUAGCCGUGCGCCAGAUAAUGCCCGAUCACCUGAUCUUCAAGACGCGCUACGGACGUCUGACCAAUAGGAACGUUCCCCUCACUGUUCUCAUUAUGGCCAUCAUCUUGUGGGCCAUCGGCCUACUAGAUGGCACUUAUCCGGCUAUGUUUGCCUCCGGAUCGCUGGUUUCAUGGAUCUAUCUUCGCUUUUACCAACACCAUCCCAAUGGGCGUGGCGACAGCUCGGAGAGCUUCACGUUCGUCAGCUUCUUCCCAAACGUAUCGCAGCCGUUUAUCAGCGUAAUGGUUAAUCCCAUUUACAACUGCUGUUUGCGGGCGGGCGUGGUCAAGACGCCCACGCCGCUGCGGACGAUAUCUACGGCCAGCCUGACGUCGGUAUCGGUGCAAAUGCCGGGAGUGGAUCCGCAUGACAUUGAAAGAAGGCGACAAAUUGCCCUAAAGGCGCUAAGUGAGCGGCUCAAGGCCACGGACUCCAGCCGCCAUGCCCAGCUGCCCAAGUCGUUCCCGCAGCAGCAGCAGUUGCAACAUCAUCACCAGCAUGCGCCGCACCAGCAGCAAAAGCAUCACAGUCACGGUGGGGGGCACAGUCACAGCCAUGGAGCGGGUCAUAGUCAUAGUCAUGGGGCGGGACACAGUCAUGGUCCCGGUCCCGCUCAAAUGCCGCAGCCCGACUUCCUAAAGCCCACCGGCAGCUCUAGCCAGCUGCCCAUCACAACGUCGCGGGCGGAGCCGCGCAUGAUCAGCACCAUGAGCCAGAUACCAAUACCAAUGCCAGCGCCACCACCCAAGGAAGGGAAUAUUCCGGGUCAAGGUGCUGAAUUCACAACCGGAGGCGAUGCGACACUUAUCAACCUGGACGAUGUACCAACUACGUCUUCGAUGGCCUAGACAGUGAUUCUAUGCAAACAUUAAUGAAUUUUUGAUAUUUAAACGAAUGAUCUAAUGAUUUACGCCCAUGUUUUGUAUGAUUCUGCAUCAAGUAUGUACGUACCCCAUCAGUGUUCCCAUUUUGUAAUUACCAUUCGUGUGUUUCGUCGUAGUGUCCUGUAGACUUACGCUUGCUUGCUGCGCACACCGCCGGCCAUGCUACUAGGAUCAGUGAAGUGAAGUAAUAUGAGAUCAGCAUAAACAAAUACCUUCCAGGCAAUAUGAGAAUACUAGAGCCUUUACAUAGAUGCAUACUUUCUGUUGUAGUCCUUACAUGUAAUUGAAAAUGAUGCUUUAUUUAGUUAAUAACUGUAAAUAUAUUUAAAACUCCAAAAA